GUCUUCGGGCGACGCCGGCAGAGCAGAGGCAGCGAUGGGAAUCGCAGCAACGGUUCUUAGACAUUAGGUUGCGCGCCAUCGUUCCAGGCGGUCGCACAUUCCACGUGCCAUAGCCGUAACCACAACCUGCCAGCCGUUUAAAGCCAAACUAAAAAACGAACCGAAACUGCCUUCACAAAGUACCUAAACCAAACGUAAAUAGCUGCCAAAAGAAACCAAAACCGCCGUUCCCCGGAAAAGAGAUGAUGGGAUCGCCGGGAUCCCAAGCGUCCGCGAUCGCGACCUCGGUCGGAAUCAGAAGCGGGCGGCGGGGUCAAGCGGGUGUGUCGCUGCUCCUGCGCCUCCUUGCCGUGACCUUCGUGCUCGCCGCCUGCCACGCACCGCUGACCAAUGCCAAGCAAAUCUCAAAUCUUGACGAUGACCAAGAUUUUAUGCUGGCGGAUGAUGUGUCGCUGCAGGGCAUCAACGAUUCCGAGUGGCAGCCCACGGGUGAUGACAUUGACGACGGCCUUCUGGACGACGUCGAUGAGACACUGCAGCCCAUGGAGACCAAGUCCGAGGAGGAGGACUUGCCCACUGGCAACUGGUUCAGCCAGAGUGUCCACCGCGUUCGCCGUUCCAUAAACCGUCUAUUUGGUGCCGAUGACAAUCAGGAGCGGGAACGACGACGACAGCGUGAGCGGUCGCAAAGGACUCGCGAUGCGAUUAACCGGCAAAAGGAACUGCGCCGCAAACAAAAGGAGAACCAGAACCACUUGAAGCAAAUGCGAAUUGAGCGACAGCUGGAGAAGCAACGCCUGGCCAAACGGGCCAAUCAUGUUGUCUUCAACCGCGCCACCGAACCCCGCAAGCGGGCAUCGGACCUUUACGACGAGAACGAGGCAUCCGGCUACCACGAGGAGGACACCACUCUCUAUCGUACCUACUUCGUCGUCAACGAACCUUAUACCAACGAAUACAGAGAUCGGGAAAGCGAACAGUUCCAGAACCUGCAAAAAUUCCUGGACAAUGAUCUGCGCAACUUCUUCCACAGCAACUACGAAGGCAACGAUGACGAGGAGCAGGAAAUUCGCAGCACCCUGGAGCGCGUUGAACCCACUAAUGAUAACUUCAAAGUUCGCGUGCAACUCAGAAUAGAGCUGCCCAAUUCGGUCAACGACUUCGGCAGCAAGUUGCAGAAGCAACUGAAUGUCUAUAAUCGUAUCGAUCAAUUGGGCGCCGCUACCGAUGGCAUCUUUUCCUUCACUGAAUCUAAUGGGACAGAAGAACCACUUCAACAUUUUAAUGUGGGCUCUGCGGAACAACCUACGAUUUACUUCAAAGGGCCAGCUACAGGACACGAAGAUUUUGAAAGAAAGCCAACCACCGAAGCCCAAGAUAUCGAGGAUGAGCCAAUCGAUGUUACGUUGACACCGGAAGAGGUUGAGGGCUCUGGUAGCGAUGACUCCAGCUGUCGUGGAGACGCCACCUACACCUGUAUGCGGAGCGGAAAAAUCAUUUGCGAUGAAAUGCGAUGCGAUAGAGAGAUCCAAUGUCCCGAUGGCGAGGACGAAGAGUUCUGCACCUAUCCAAAUGUUUGUACUGAAGAUCAGUUCAAGUGCGACGAUAAGUGUCUGGAGCUCAGAAGACGUUGCGACGGAACAAUCGAUUGUCUGGAUCAGACCGACGAGGCUGGCUGCAUUAAUGAGCAGCCUGAUGCGGAGCCUGAACCUGAACCAGAGCCUGAACCUGAACCAGAGCCCGAACCCGAACCUGAACCUGAACCAGAACCUGAACCCCAAGUCCCGGAAGCCAAUGAGUGCCAGGCCAACGAGUUUAGAUGCAAUAAUGGCGACUGCAUCGAUGCCAGAAAGCGAUGCAACAACGUUUCGGAUUGCAGCGAAGGCGAGGACGAGAACGAGGAGUGCCCCGCCGCCUGCAGCGGAAUGGAGUACCAAUGUCGCGACGGCACGCGCUGUAUCAGUGUGAGUCAGCAAUGCGACGGUCACUCCGAUUGCAGUGACGGCGACGACGAGGAGCAUUGCGACGGAAGUGGCUAUGAUAGCGAGGAAUGUCGCUUUGAUGAGUUCCAUUGCGGGACUGGUGAGUGCAUACCAAUGCGUCAGGUGUGCGAUAAUAUCUACGAUUGCAACGAUUAUUCCGAUGAGGUUAACUGCGUCGAAGACGAAGAGGAGGAUAGGGUGGGCAUACCCAUUGGCCACCAGCCGCGGAGGCCAGCGUCCAAGCACGACGAUUGGCUGCACGAAAUGGACGCGAGCGAGUACCAGGUGUACCAGCCGAGUAAUGUCUAUGAGAAGGCCAAUUCUCAAAAUCCAUGUGCAAGCAACCAAUUCCGCUGCACCACCUCGAAUGUUUGCAUCCCGCUGCACUUGCGGUGCGAUGGCUUCUAUCACUGCAAUGAUAUGAGCGACGAGAAGUCCUGCGAGCAGUAUCAGCGUCACACCACGACUCGACGCCCCUUGACCGCGGCCACGCCCCCCUCCAGAUUCACCACCCAGGGCCCGGGUCUUCUGGAGCGUCGCAAUACCACCAGAGCCACCGAAGCAUCGCGAUGGCCAUGGGCAACGAAAACGACAACAAUCGCGACCACGACUUCUAACCCAAUAACAACAGUUGGCGUAGCGAACAGCUCACCCCAGACAUGCCUCGAAAACAUCGAAUUCGCGUGCCACAAUCGCGAUUGCAUUUCGAUUGAGAGCGUCUGCGAUGGCAUCCCCGACUGCGGACGCAAUGAAGACGAGGACGACGCUCUGUGCAAGUGCAGCGGCGACAAGUACAAAUGCCAGCGCGGCGGAGGCUGCAUUCCGAAAUCCCAGGUGUGCGAUGGCAAACCUCAAUGCCACGACCGCAGCGAUGAGAGUGCAUGUCACCUCCAGGGAAGGUUGAAUAAGACUCGUUUGGGAGUCAAGUGCCUGGAGAGCCAGUAUCAAUGUGGCGAUGGAAGCUGCAUCUCCGGCUACAAGCGCUGCAAUGGCAUCCACGAUUGCGCCGAUGCAUCCGACGAGUACAACUGCAUCUAUGACUACGAAGACACCUACGACACCGACCCGAACAACAAUCCAUUGAAUGAAUGUGAUAUCCUUGAGUUUGAAUGUGACUACAGUCGGUGUUUGCCGCUAGAGAAGAAAUGCGAUGGCUACGCAGACUGCGAAGACAUGAGCGACGAGCUCGAAUGUCAGUCGUACACAGACCAUUGUCUAGAGUCUGAGUUCGAAUGCGAUAGCUACUGCCUGCCCCGCGAUCAGUUGUGCAACGGAAAUCCCAAUUGCCAAGAUGGCAGCGACGAGCGCAACUGCACCUUCUGCCGGGAAGACGCCUACCUUUGCAACACCGGCGAGUGCGUGGCCGAUAGUCAGAGAUGCAACGGCAUCGCCGAUUGCGCCGACGGCAGCGACGAGCGUCACUGCGCAAGGAUAUAUUGUCCACCUAACAAGCUAGCCUGCAAUGGCACUUGCGUCAGUCGGAGAAUAAGGUGUGAUGGCAUCCGCGAUUGCCUCGAUGGCUAUGACGAGAUGUACUGUCCGGAGACCAACAACCACUAUCCCACACAAAAUGUGAAUGUUGUUCGACCAAAACUGGGCCCCAAUCCUAUACCAAAAUCCUGCCGCCCCCACGAAUGGCAGUGUGCGAAUCUCGAGUGCAUCGAUCACAGUUUGCAGUGCAAUGACUUUAAGGAUUGCUCCGAUGGAUCCGAUGAGGACCUCAGCAUUUGCUUUGGCACCGCCACCACCCGACUCAAGCCCAGCGACUGCAGUCCGGACCAGUUCUUCUGCGAUGAGUCGUGCUACAAUCGCUCCGUUCGAUGCAAUGGGCACGUGGAAUGCUCGGAUGGCAGUGAUGAGGUGGGCUGUUCACUGCCAUGUCCGCAGCACCAGUGUCCCAGUGGCCGGUGUUAUACGGAAAGUGAACGAUGCGACCGGCACAGACACUGCGAGGACGGCUCCGAUGAGGCCAACUGUACCGCCAUCUUGUGCAAGGAUAACGAGUUCCUCUGCUUCGAUCGUCAGUUUUGCAUAAAUGCAACGCAGCAAUGUGAUGGCUUCUACGACUGCCGAGAUUUUUCCGACGAGCAGAACUGCAUUGGCUGUUACGCAAACCAAUUCCGCUGCGACAAUGGUGACUGCGUUUCCGGAUCCGCUCCCUGCAACGGAUAUUCCGAGUGCAGUGACCACUCCGAUGAGAUCCACUGUGGCGAAACCCCGAAGUGUAUGCCCAACCAAUUCCGCUGCAACAGUGGCCAGUGCGUGAGCUCCUCAGUGCGAUGCAACGGACGAACCGAUUGCCGCGAUAGCUCCGACGAGCAAAAUUGCGGUCAUCGUCAUACAGAGGUCAGUCAGGGCCUGGGAACCACUGGAGUUUUCACCACCUCCACGACCAGCACCACUGCCAUGACGCCACUGAGAAUCAUCUGCCCGCCAACCUCAUUUAAAUGCGAAAACGGUCCCUGCAUUUCGCUGGGUCUCAAAUGCAAUGGACGCGUUGAUUGUCCAUAUGAUGGUAGCGAUGAGGCGGAUUGUGGUCAAAUCAGCAACGAUAUCGAUCCCGCCGACAACAGCAAUGAUCGCAAAUCAAACCAACUGAAUCUCAAGACCUAUCCCGACAGCCAGAUCAUCAAGGAGAGAUAUAUUAGGGAGGGUCGCGAGGUCAUCUUCCGUUGCCGAGAUGAAGGACCCGCCCGCGCCAAGGUCAAAUGGUCCCGCCCAGGCGGACGACCUCUGCCACCUGGCUUCACCGAUCGGAACGGCCGCCUGGAGAUUCCCAAUAUCAGGGUCGAGGAUGCCGGUACUUAUGUUUGCGAGGCUGUGGGCUAUGCCAACUAUAUUCCCGGCCAGCAGGUCACCGUCAACCUCAACGUCGAGCGCUCCUGGGGCGAAAAUAAGUACGAGGAGCUACGUUCCAAUCGCAUACGAUACGGAACUGUGCCGCACAUCGAUCUAGAGUUCUUCGGACUAGCCUGCACGGAAUAUCAGGCCACCUGCAUGAACGGCGAGUGUAUUGACAAGUCGUCCAUCUGUGACGGAAAUCCGGACUGUUCGGACGCCUCCGAUGAGCAAAGCUGCAGCUUGGGUCUCAAGUGCCAGCCCAACCAGUUCCUGUGCUCGAACUCCAAGUGCGUGGACCGCACCUGGCGAUGCGAUGGCGAGAAUGACUGCGGAGAUAAUUCCGAUGAGACCUCCUGCGAUCCGGAGCCAAGUGGCGCUCCCUGCCGCUAUAAUGAAUUCCAGUGUCGCAGUGGUCAUUGUAUACCCAAGAGCUUCCAGUGCGACAAUGUUCCUGAUUGCACGGACGGUUCCGAUGAAGUUGGAUGCAUGGCACCAUUGCCAAUCCGCCCUCCACCCCAAUCUGUUUCCCUGUUGGAGUACGAGGUGCUCGAGCUUACGUGUGUGGCCACCGGAACCCCCAUUCCCACAAUCGUGUGGCGUCUGAACUGGGGUCAUGUGCCCGAUAAGUGCGAGUCAAAGAGCUACGGUGGAACCGGAACACUUCGUUGUCCGGACAUGAGGCCGCAGGACAGUGGAGCUUACUCGUGCGAAAUUAUUAACACACGCGGCACCCACUUUGUGAACCCGGACACCAUUGUUACCGUUAGUCCCGUGCGUACAGAUGUGUGCGAGGCUGGAUUCUUCAAUAUGUUAGCCCGCAAAGCGGAGGAGUGCGUCCAGUGCUUCUGCUUCGGAGUAGCUAAGGCCUGCGACAGUGCCAACUUAUUUACGUAUGCCAUCCACCCGCCGAUCCUUUCACACCGCGUUGUCAGUGUUGAGCUGAGUCCACUUCGACAGAUUGUGAUCAAUGAGGCAGCCCCUGGCCAGGACCUGCUCACACUGCUCCAUGGCGUUCAGUUCAGGGCCACCAAUGUUCACUUCAGCGGUCGGGAGACGCCUUAUUUGGCCUUGCCCGCGGAGUACAUGGGCAACCAGCUCAAGUCUUAUGGCGGAAAUCUACGCUACGAGGUUAACUACCGAGGCAGCGGAAGACCCGUCAACGGUCCAGAUGUAAUAAUCACUGGCAAUCGCUUUACACUUACUUAUCGAGUUCGCACUCAGCCGGGUCAAAACAACAGAGUGAGCAUUCCAUUCGUGCCAGGAGGUUGGCAAAAGCCCGAUGGUCGCAAGGCGUCGCGUGAGGAGAUCAUGAUGAUUCUGGCCAAUGUUGACAAUAUCCUGAUCCGACUCGGAUACCUGGAUAGCACCGCUCGCGAAGUGGAUCUUAUAAAUAUUGCCUUGGACUCGGCAGGCACUGCCGAUAAGGGACUGGGUAGUGCGUCUCUCGUGGAGAAGUGCUCGUGCCCACCUGGUUAUGUUGGUGAUUCGUGUGAGUCCUGUGCCUCCGGUUAUGUGAGACAGCCCGGUGGACCUUGGUUGGGUCACUGUGUGCCGUUCAUCCCUGAACCUUGCCCAUCCGGAACCUAUGGAGAUCCCCGCCGUGGUGUGCCCUGCAAGGAGUGUCCUUGUCCACUAACCGGCAGCAAUAACUUUGCCAGCGGCUGUCAACAAAGUCCUGAUGGCGACGUGGUUUGCCGAUGUAAUGAGGGCUACACAGGCAGGCGGUGCGAACAGUGCGCCGCCGGAUACCAGGGCAAUCCUUUGGCUCCGGGAGGAAUUUGCCGCAGAAUACCCGAUACUUCAUGCAACGUGGAUGGUACGUACUCCGUUCAUUCCAAUGGAACCUGCCAGUGCAAGGACAGCGUAAUUGGCGAACAGUGCGACACUUGCAAAUCAAAGAGUUUCCACCUCAAUUCGUUCACCUAUACCGGUUGCAUCGAGUGCUUCUGCAGCGGAGUGGGCUUGGACUGCGAUAGCAGCACGUGGUCUCGCGAUCAAGUAACGAGCACGUUCGGAAGAUCACGCGUCGAUCACGGAUUUGCUUUGGUUACUAACUAUAUGCAACCUACGCCAGACACCGUACCUGUCUCAAUGGCCGGAGAACCCAAUGCGUUAAGCUUUAUAGGAUCGGCUGAGCAAUCUGGAAAUACGCUCUACUGGAGUCUGCCAGCCGCCUUUUUGGGAAACAAACUUUCUUCAUAUGGAGGCAAGCUGACUUACACCCUAAGUUACAGUCCGCUGCCCAACGGCAUUAUGUCCCGGAACAGUGCCCCCGAUGUGGUGAUCAAGAGUGGCGAGGAUCUAAGGCUCAUCCAUUAUAGGAAAUCCCAGGUUGUCCCCAGUGUGGCCAACACCUAUUCCGUGGAAAUCAAGGAAAGUGCCUGGCAGCGCGGCGACGAAGUGGUGGCCAACCGUGAGCACGUUCUGAUGGCACUUAGCGAUAUUACGGCCAUCUACAUAAAGGCCACAUACACCACUAGCACCAAGGAGGCCUCAUUGCGACAGGUGACUUUGGACGUUGCCACUCCCACGAACCUUGGCACUCCCCGUGCCGUCGAAGUUGAACAGUGCCGCUGUCCAGAAGGCUAUUUGGGUCUUUCUUGUGAGCAGUGCGCUCCUGGCUAUGCCCGCGAUCCGGAGGGCGGAAUCUAUCUGGGACUCUGCAGGCCUUGUGAGUGCAAUGGACAUUCCAAAUAUUGCAACAGCGAUACCGGCGACUGCGAAGAAUGUGCUAACAACACUGAAGGACCUAGCUGUGAGCGAUGCAAAGCUGGAUAUGUGGGUGAUGCCACCCGUGGAACAAUUUACGACUGCCACCUCGAUGAAGACUACCCGAUGCCGAUUGAUCCGGAACCCGGCAACCAGACUUUGCAAUGCACAGCCUAUUGCCAAAUAGAGGGCAUCUAUGAUUGCCGCGGCAACGACUGCCUGUGCAAGAGGAACGUGAUUGGUGAUCGAUGCGACCAAUGCCGCCCUGGAACCUAUGGACUGUCAGCUCAAAAUCAGGAUGGCUGCAAAGAGUGCUACUGCUCUGGGUUGGCCAGCCAGUGUCGUUCGGCAGCUCUCUACCGCCAGCUAAUACCGGUGGACUUUAUUCUUAACGCACCAUUAAUCACAGACGAAAACGGACUUGUCCAGGACACGGAGAACUUAAUUCCCGACAUAUCUAGGAAUAUGUACACCUACGCGCACCCCUCCUAUCUGCCCAAGUACUGGAGUCUUAGGGGAAGUGUGCUGGGCAACCAGCUAUACUCGUACGGUGGCCGCCUGGCGUACAGUCUAAUAGUGGAGUCACAUGGCAACUAUGAGCGUGGCCACGACGUCGUGCUUAUUGGCAAUGGACUGAAGCUCAUCUGGUCGCGACCCGAGGGAAAUGAGAAUCAGGAGGAAUACAAUGUCCAACUGCACGAGGACGAGCAAUGGACCCGCCAGGAUCGCGAAUCGGCACGACCGGCUUCUCGGUCUGAUUUCAUGACUGUGCUGUCGGAUCUGCAGCACAUCCUGAUCCGAGCCACACCCAAAGUGCCCACACAACGUACUUCGAUCGGCAAUGUCAUUCUGGAGAGUGCGGUGACCACAAAGACGCCAGGAGCAACGCAUGCUUCCGACAUCGAGUUGUGCCAGUGCCCAUCCGGAUACACGGGCACCUCCUGUGAAUCCUGCGCACCUCUCCACUACCGCGAUGCCAGCGGCGCUUGCAGCAUGUGUCCUUGUGACGCUUCCAACACGGAGUCGUGUGACUUGGUCAGUGGCGGAUACGUUGAAUGUCGUUGCAAGCCACGUUGGAAGGGCGAUCGGUGUCGCGAGAUCGACACAUCGCCCAUUAUCGAAGAACCGCCCCAGAUAUGUGAUUUAAGCAGGGGAUUCUGUUGCAGCGGCUUUCAGUUCGAUAUCGCACCGAAUGAGACAAUCUCGUUCAAUGACACACUGCAGAUAUAUAAGGGCAACAGAAUCAUAGGAAAUAUGACCAAGCUGCGCUACGGCUGUCCAUCGCGAGACACCAGCGAUCCAACGGAUAACAGUACCGACGAUCCCGUGCUCACCCAGAUUAUCGUGUCGAUUCAAAAGCCUGAGAUCACCAUUGUGCCAGUGGGCGGUUCCAUGACCCUCAGCUGUAGCGGUCGAAUGCGUUGGAGCAAUAGUCCAGUUAUUGUGAACUGGUACAAGGAGAACAGCCGUCUGCCAGAGAAUAUUGAAGUCCAAGGCGGAAAUCUGUAUCUGUACGACCUACAGAUCAGCGAUUCUGGAGUCUACAUCUGCCAGGCCGUCAACAAUGAAACCGCCAGCGUGUUUAAGGACACUGUAUCCAUUACCAUAACCAGAUAUGCCCAGGAAAUGCUGGCACGCUACGAGAAGGACCAGCUCUCACCGGCUGAGAUUGUGAAUUUACCGAGCCACGUUACAUUUGAGGAAUACGUGAGCAAUGAGAUCAUCUGCGAAGUACUUGGCAACCCAGCACCCAGAGUCACCUGGGCGCGAGUGGAUGGCCAUGCGGAUGCCCAAAGUACCCGGACAUACGACAACCGCUUGAUCUUCGACUCGCCAAGGAAGUCGGACGAAGGUCGCUAUCGCUGCCAGGCGGAAAAUGAACAGAACCGCGAUGAGAAGUACGUGAUCGUCUAUGUCCAGAGCAAUCCGCCCCAGCCGCCGCCGCAACAGGAUCGCUUGUACAUCACACCGGAGGAGAUUAAUGGCCUGGCCGGCGAGACCUUCCAGCUGAACUGCCAAUUCACAAGUGUUGCCUCUCUGCGCUACGAUUGGUCGCACAAUGGUCGCUCCUUGUCCUCUUCGCCCGCGCGAAAUGUUCAGAUCCGAGGCAACACCCUGGAAGUUCGCGAAGCCAGCGAAAGCGAUUCCGGCAUCUACACCUGUGUGGCCUACGACGUCCGCACCCGCCGCAACUUCACCGAGAGCGCCCGUGUUAACAUCGACCGACGCGAGGAACAACCAUUUGGCAACAAACCGGUCAUCGAGAGCUUGGAGCAGAAUAUCCUGAUCAUCCAGGGCGAGGACUAUAGCAUCACCUGCGAGGCGAGUGGAUCGCCAUAUCCAUCGAUCAAGUGGGCCAAGGUGCACGACUUCAUGCCCGAAAAUGUGCACAUCAGUGGCAACGUGCUGACCAUCUAUGGAGCACGAUUCGAGAAUCGUGGUGUCUACUCCUGCGUUGCCGAAAAUGACCACGGAUCCGAUUUGUCCAGCACAAGUAUCGACAUUGAACUGCACAAGAGUGGAGUUGGUAAUAAGACAGGUCCGCACAGUCUGAUCCUAAUACUAAUUGGUGCCACCACUGUGGUUUACUUGCUUGCAGCCCGGGAGCGGCCGAGUGUAAAGAUUGUAUCGGCGCCCCUGCAAACAUUUUCGGUUGGCGCUCAGGCAUCCCUCUACUGCAGGGUAGAGGGAAUUCCCGAUCCGACCAUCGAAUGGGUUCGUGUGGACGGCCAACCGCUGUCGCCGCGUCACAAGAGCCAGUCACCCGGCUACAUGCUGAUCGACGAUAUCCAGCUCGAGGACAGCGGCAACUACGAGUGUCGCGCAAAGAACAUAGUUGGCGAGGCGACCGGCGUGGCCACCAUUACCGUCCAGGAGCCAACUCUCGUCCAGAUAUUGCCCGACAACAGGGACAUUAGGCUCACGGAGGGCGAUGAACUCUCACUGACCUGCGUGGGCAGCGGCGUCCCAAGCCCGGAAGUCGAAUGGGUUAAUGAAAUGGAGUUGAAACGGGAUCUCUACAGCCCCCCGAGCAAUGAAGCGAUCCUGAAGAUAUAUCGAGUGACCAAGGCGGAUGCAGGCAUAUACACCUGCCAUGGCAAAAAUGAGGCGGGUAGCGAUGAAGCUUACGUUCGCGUGGAGGUCAAGGAACGGCGCGGAGAUAUCGGAGGAGUUGAUGAUGAUUCCGACCGGGAUCCAAUAAUUCAAAAUCCGGCACAACCACAACACCCUGGCAUCCAACAGCCGGGCAGCAACCAACUCCUGGCCACCGACUUUGGCGACAAUGUGACCCUGACCUGCGACGUGUUCCAAACCCUGAACACGCUCUGGGAACGCGUCGACGGAGCACCACUGCCCCGAAAUGCCUACACGAUUAGAAACAGGCUGGAGAUUGUGCGCGUGGAACAGCAAAAUCUGGGCGAGUACCGCUGCAAUGGAAUCGGUCGCGAUGGCAACGUUAAGGCCUAUUUAGUUAAAGAGCUGGUCCUUCUGCCCCUGCCCCGAAUCAGGUUCUACCCGAAUAUCCCGCUGACCGUGGAUGUGGGUCAGAACUUGGAUGUGCACUGUCAAGUGGAAAACGUGAAUCCGGAGGACGUCCAUUGGAGUACCGACAACAAUCGACCACUGCCCAGUUCGGUUCGCAUUGUGGGCAGCGUCCUGCGCUUCGUGUCCAUCACACAGGCGGCUGCCGGUGAAUACCGCUGCUCGGCCUUCAACCAAUAUGGAAACCGAUCGCAGAUCGCAAGAGUGGCGGUGAAGAAGCCCGCCGACUUCCAUCAGGUUCCUCAGUCCCAGUUGCAACGGCACCGCGAGGGCGAAAACAUCCAACUGCGAUGCAGUGUGACCGCUCAAUAUGGCGUAAAGGCUCAAGGCAAUGUUGAGUUCAACUGGUUCCGCGACGACAGAAGACCCCUGCCGAACAACGCCCGUACGGAUAGCCAGGUCCUGGUGCUGACCAAUUUGCGAUCCGAGGAUGCGGGUCGCUACAUCUGCAACUCGUACGACGUGGACCGUGGGCAGCAACUGCCCGAAGUAUCCAUCGACUUGCAAGUACUAAGAGCUCCCCAGUAUCCUUACAAUCGGUUCAAGGGCGGUGUCUCCCUGAAGGACACGCCCUGCAUGGUUCUGUAUAUUUGUGCAGACUUCAAGAGCAGCAAACUGUCGCCCGCGAAGCCCAUCACUUCCGGACCAGCCACCACUCGGGCUCCAGCCAUCUCGUACGUGUGCCAACCCAACGACUUCAAGUGCGUUUCGCAUCCGCACACUUGCGUCAGAGCCAACAUGGUGUGCGAUGGGAUUUACGACUGUACGGAUCACUCUGACGAGUUCAACUGCAUCGGCGGCAAGGGAGGCGGCAAAUCAGGAUCCGACUCGGGAUCGGGGAGCUUUAAGCGCUGGAAGAAGAGCCCAGAGCAAGGAAGGAGGAGCCCGGCGAAGGCCGUUAAGGAAUGGAAGCUGAGGAAGCGCAGCUUCGCGGCUACCCCGCCACCCAACAGCCCCAUCUACCUGCCGCCGCAAUUGCCAGCAAAGAGCCGCGACUACAGCCUCAAACUGGACGAGCAGUCCUCGAACCUGCGAGCGGGUGAAUCCACCGACGUCGAGUGCUACUCCUCCGAUGACACCUACACAGACGUGGUCUGGGAACGCUCUGACGGGGCUCCACUCAGCAAUAAUGUCAGGCAAGUGGGAAAUCAUCUGGUGAUCAGUAAUGUGGCGCCAAGCGAUGCCGGUAACUACGUGUGCAAGUGCAAGACGGACGAAGGGGAUCUGUACACCACCAGCUACAAACUGGAGGUCGAGGAUCAGCCGCAUGAACUCAAGAGCUCCAAGAUAGUUUACGCCAAGGUGGGCGCCAAUGCCGAUUUGCACUGCGGGGCCGAUGAAAGUCGACAGCCCACCUACCGCUGGUCUCGCCAAUACGGGCAACUUCAGGCUGGACGCAGUCUAAUGAACGAGAAACUGUCCCUGGACAGUGUGCAGGCAAACGAUGCCGGUACGUAUAUUUGCACCGCUCAAUACGCCGAUGGUGAGACUGCGGACUUCCCCAAUAUCCUGGUUGUGACUGGGGCCAUUCCCCAGUUCCGGCAGGAACCUCGCAGCUACAUGAGCUUCCCCACGCUGCCAAACUCUUCGUUUAAGUUCAACUUCGAGCUGACCUUCCGACCGGAAAACGGCGACGGUCUUCUACUGUUCAACGGACAAACCCGCGGCAGUGGCGACUACAUCGCACUUUCGCUCAAGGAUCGCUAUGCGGAGUUCCGCUUUGAUUUUGGUGGUAAGCCAAUGCUGGUGCGAGCUGAGGAACCACUGGCGCUGAAUGAGUGGCACACGGUUCGUGUGAGUCGCUUCAAGAGGGAUGGAUACAUCCAGGUGGACGAACAACAUCCGGUGGCCUUCCCCACCCUGCAGCAGAUACCCCAACUGGAUCUGAUCGAAGAUCUGUAUAUCGGCGGAGUGCCCAACUGGGAGCUCCUGCCCGCCGAUGCUGUUAGCCAGCAAGUUGGCUUCGUGGGCUGCAUCAGUCGCUUAACCCUGCAAGGACGCACCGUGGAACUGAUCCGUGAGGCGAAGUACAAAGAGGGCAUCACGGACUGCCGGCCAUGUGCGCAGGGACCUUGCCAAAAUAAGGGAGUCUGCUUGGAGAGCCAGACCGAGCAGGCCUACACCUGCAUUUGCCAGCCGGGUUGGACUGGAAGGGAUUGUGCCAUUGAGGGCACCCAGUGUACGCCCGGAGUCUGUGGCGCCGGACGUUGCGAGAAUACGGAGAACGACAUGGAGUGCCUGUGCCCACUGAACCGAUCCGGAGAUCGAUGCCAAUAUAAUGAGAUCUUAAAUGAGCACAGUCUCAACUUUAAGAGCAACAGCUUUGCGGCCUAUGGAACUCCUAAAGUCACCAAGGUCAACAUAACGCUCUCCGUACGUCCGGCAAGUUUGGAGGACUCCGUGAUUUUGUAUACUGCAGAAUCGACUUUGCCCAGCGGCGAUUACCUGGCACUGGUACUGCGUGGUGGUCACGCGGAGCUCUUAAUAAAUACGGCGGCUCGAUUGGAUCCCGUGGUAGUGCGAUCUGCUGAGCCACUGCCUCUGAACCGCUGGACAAGAAUUGAGAUCAGACGUCGCCUGGGCGAAGGAAUCCUACGGGUGGGCGAUGGACCAGAGCGAAAGGCCAAGGCCCCAGGCUCGGAUCGAAUUUUGUCCCUUAAAACGCACCUCUAUGUGGGCGGCUACGAUCGCUCCACGGUCAAGGUCAAUCGGGACGUGAACAUCACUAAGGGCUUCGAUGGCUGCAUCUCCAGGCUAUACAACUUCCAAAAACCUGUCAAUCUCCUAGCGGACAUCAAGGAUGCGGCAAAUAUUCAGAGUUGUGGGGAGACUAAUAUGAUCGGAGGCGACGAGGAUAGCGACAAUGAGCCACCAGUUCCGCCUCCAACUCCAGAUGUUCACGAGAACGAACUUCAACCAUAUGCGAUGGCACCGUGCGCCAGCGAUCCAUGUGAAAACGGGGGAAGCUGCAGUGAGCAGGAGGACGUGGCCGUAUGCUCCUGUCCUUUCGGAUUCAGUGGCAAGCACUGUCAGGAACACCUCCAACUGGGCUUCAAUGCCUCGUUCCGAGGCGAUGGGUACGUUGAGCUGAAUCGAAGCCACUUCCAACCUGCUUUGGAGCAAUCCUACACUUCUAUGGGCAUCGUCUUCACCACCAACAAGCCGAACGGUCUGCUGUUCUGGUGGGGCCAAGAGGCCGGAGAGGAGUACACCGGACAGGACUUCAUAGCUGCCGCAGUGGUGGAUGGCUAUGUGGAGUACUCCAUGAGGCUCGAUGGCGAGGAGGCGGUGAUCCGGAACAGCGAUAUCCGCGUAGACAAUGGGGAGCGGCACAUUGUGAUCGCUAAGCGGGACGAAAACACCGCCAUUCUAGAGGUCGAUCGCAUGCUGCAUUCGGGCGAAACCCGACCCACCAGCAAAAAGUCGAUGAAGCUGCCGGGCAAUGUUUUUGUCGGUGGCGCUCCUGACCUCGAGGUGUUUACGGGUUCCCGAUACAAGCACAAUUUGAACGGCUGCAUUGUGGUCGUCGAGGGCGAAACUGUGGGCCAAAUUAAUCUUAGUUCUGCUGCCGUUAACGGAGUGAAUGCCAACGUCUGUCCCGCUAACGACGAUCCACUGGGAGGAACCGAACCGCCAGUCGUCUGAGGACACAACCAACAACCGAAACUAGCUUUUUAAUUAAACAUUAACAAAUGAAACAAAACGAACAACAAUUUUUAUAUAUACAACAUAUGCAUAAGCCCAAGGAAAUCCACAAAAAUUGAAUAUUAUAUCACUUACACAUAAUAUAAAAAACAAAAACAAAAGAGAAACGAUCACUUCAACUACAAUUGCUUCUUCGAUCCUUAAGUCUAAGUUAAAGAUUGUAGCAAGGAAAAACGCGAAAAUAUCACAAACAUUUAUUUAACAAAAACGCCAUGCAAGAAGUGAAACGAAACAGAUACAAUAAUGCAACUAAUGCAAAUAAUACAGAAAAUACAGUUAAAGCCUAGAACCCUAAGAACUUACUAACUAACUCGAGCAACAACAACGCAUACUAGCCAACUGCAACCACAAAAUCCACAAUAGUGAAGGCAUUUUAAUUAUAAUUUUAGUCUCUAGCUUAUACCUAUGACUACGACUCUUUUUUUGCCAGCCCAGUGUAAAAAAGUUGGAGAUCGCAAAUUGGCCCUACACACACACAAGACCACGUUAUUGAUUAAAAAAAAAAAAACAAUUGAUAAUAUACCUACAUAUAAUGAUAAAUGAAUUACUAAGAAUGCAACUAUUGUGAACGAGCGAUUAAAAAGUGGAGUGGAUAAAAGCAAAUGCAGAAGAUAUAUUAAAAUGAAAUCAACAACA